AUGGCGAGCUGGGUUUUAUCACAAUGUGGUAUCAAACCUCUCCCCAGAUUCUACCCUAAACCCACAACCUCCUUCUCCUCUAACCCAACACCCACACUCAGAUUCAAUCCACCAACUACACCUCCUUCUUCUCGAAACGGGUCCUUAGCCAGAACCAGGAACUGGGCGUUGAACGUGGCCACGCCAUUAACAACUCUCAAGUCUCCAUCAGAGGAGGAACACACGAAGAGAUUCGACCCAGGCGCGCCUCCUCCGUUCAAUUUGGCUGACAUAAGAGCAGCCAUUCCCAAGCAUUGCUGGGUUAAGAAUCCAUGGAGGUCGAUGAGUUAUGUUGCCAGAGAUGUCGCUGUCGUCUUCGGAUUGGCUGCUGUAGCUGCUUACUUCAACAGUUGGCUUCUCUGGCCUCUCUACUGGUUCGCUCAAGGCACCAUGUUCUGGGCUCUCUUUGUUCUUGGCCAUGACUGUGGACACGGCAGCUUCUCCAAUGAUCAGAGGCUGAACAGUGUGGCUGGUCAUCUUCUUCAUUCCUCAAUUCUUGUCCCUUACCAUGGCUGGAGAAUUAGCCACAGAACUCACCACCAGAACCAUGGACAUGUCGAGAAUGACGAGUCUUGGCAUCCUUUGCCUGAAAGCAUCUACAAGAAUUUGGAGAAAACAACUCAGAUCUUUAGGUUCACAUUGCCUUUCCCAAUGCUUGCGUACCCUUUCUACUUGUGGAGCAGAAGUCCAGGGAAAAAAGGUUCUCAUUAUGAUCCGGACAGUGAUUUGUUUCUUCCGAAAGAGAAGAAGGAUGUCCUGACAUCAACUGCAUGUUGGACUGCAAUGGCUGCCUUGCUUGUUUGUCUCAACUUUGUCAUUGGUCCAAUCCAAAUGCUCAAACUAUAUGGCAUUCCUUACUGGAUAUUUGUAAUGUGGUUGGACUUCGUGACUUACUUGCACCACCAUGGCCAUGAAGACAAGCUCCCUUGGUACCGUGGCAAGGCAUGGAGUUACCUGAGAGGAGGGCUCACAACAUUGGAUCGUGACUA